GCAGCAGCCAUGCACACAAUGUCAAAAUUUCAUGUACACGUGAUCACGAUCACAUGAUCGGCGGUGCGGAUUCUGCGUAGACUUCCGUGGUGCGAACCAUACUUGUUUUUUUGACAAAAUUAGACGGAAAAGGGGUAUACAUACGAAAGCGUCCACCCAAUCCAAUAACAACAAAAAAACGGACAGUACAAUAAGUCCGCGUAUCUCAAUAUCAAAGCAGAAGAAUAAAAUAUAGCUUCGAUAAAAAAAGGUUGAAAAUGAAUUAACAAACGAUGUGGAUAGUUGUUAAAAAAGGAAUACAGCCGUGAAUUUUUCUUCACUGCAUACACGAAUGAACUCGUUGAGCAUCGAGGAUUAUCAAGAAUUUGACGCCUUAGAGAUGAUUGACAUGAAGAUAUGGAGAAGUUUCCGCUGAAAGGUACUUCGUCAUCGACAUCGACUGUGGCAGUUCAUCCUGCCGUACCCACAUCUUAUAACUCCGUAGAUGCUCAGACAAUAAGCGCCAUAGAUUCUGGUAAUUCCGGCGAUGCAAGAUUGCAAAACAGCGCUUUAAGACGAGGAGGAAAUUUUAGUAGCGACGAAGACAUGCUGGAUGUAAAUCAUCAAACAGGCUCACAUCAAGGGGGUAACAAUGCCUACACAGAUCGUAGCAUUCGCCUUGACGAUUCAUCGUCGCAUUUUUCAGCCGAUUCUGACGAUAUACCAGGAAUCGGCCAGUACGAGGAUUUCCACACGAUAGAUUGGCAACGUGACAUAGCCCGCGAUCGCAUGAGACACAGAUACAUCGUUAAAAAGAAACACGAUUCUAUUUGUGAUUUGGUGAAAGGUGCACUCGACGCGUCAUCGGGAUGGCUUUGCGUUUUGUUUGUUGGCCUUUUCACAGGUGUAGCUGCUGGAAUAAUAGAUAUAGGUGCGUCCUGGAUGACGGAUCUGAAAUUUGGUAUUUGUCCUCAAGCUUUUUGGCUCAAUAAGGAACAAUGUUGCUGGAGUUACAACGAGACUACUUUCGAUGGCGGAAAUUGUUCUCAGUGGCUACCAUGGCCCGAAGUCUUCAGUCGUUCGAAAAAUGGAGCAGGACCUUACAUAAUCUCAUAUAUGUUUUACAUUGCGUGGGCUCUCUUGUUCGCAUCACUUUCGGCAUCCUUGGUGAGAAUGUUUGCUCCAUACGCAUGUGGUUCCGGUAUACCCGAGAUAAAAACUAUACUCAGUGGUUUCAUUAUUCGUGGAUAUUUGGGUAAAUGGACACUAAUCAUCAAAUCCGUCGGCCUCAUACUCUCCGUUUCGGCCGGUUUGAGUUUGGGCAAAGAAGGACCGAUGGUUCACAUAGCUUGCUGCAUCGGAAACAUAUUUUCUUAUUUAUUCCCAAAAUACGGUCGAAACGAAGCGAAAAAAAGGGAGAUUUUGUCAGCUGCUGCAGCAGCUGGUGUGUCAGUCGCUUUUGGGGCACCCAUUGGAGGUGUUUUGUUCAGCUUGGAAGAGGUCAGUUAUUACUUCCCUUUGAAAACAUUGUGGCGAUCAUUCUUUUGCGCUUUGAUAGCAGCAUUUGUUUUGCGUUCAAUAAAUCCGUUCGGCAACGAGCACUCGGUAUUGUUCUACGUGCAGUAUAACAAACCAUGGAUAUUUUUCGAGCUGAUACCAUUCGUGAUGCUAGGAAUUAUCGGAGGUGUAAUCGCGACUCUGUUCAUCAAAGCCAACUUGUACUGGUGUCGUUAUCGAAAAACAUCGAAACUCGGUCAGUAUCCGGUGACUGAAGUUUUGGUCGUAACUGUCGUCACGGCCAUUAUCGCAUAUCCAAAUCCAUAUACGAGGAUGAGCACAAGUCAACUGAUUUAUCUAUUGUUCAGUCAAUGUGGUGUUUCGAACGCUGAUAUGUUGUGUGAUUAUAAUCGAAAUUUUACGAACGUCAAUUCAGCGAUCGAAAGUGCCGCCGCAGGGCCCGGUGUUUACAACGCUGUGUGGCUAUUGGUCUUGACGCUUUUUCUCAAACUGAUUAUGACAAUAUUCACAUUUGGCAUAAAAGUACCGUGCGGUCUCUUUAUCCCAUCACUUUGUUUGGGUGCGAUCGUUGGACGUAUCGUUGGUAUAGGAAUGGAACAACUCGCCUACAAUUAUCCACAUAUUUGGAUGUUCAGCGAGGAGUGUUCUACCGGUGUUGGCUGUAUAACGCCAGGAUUAUACGCAAUGGUUGGUGCGGCUGCCGUUUUAGGUGGUGUGACUAGGAUGACCGUGUCUUUGGUCGUCAUUAUGUUCGAAUUGACCGGCGGUGUCAGAUACAUUGUUCCUCUGAUGGCUGCCGCUAUGGCGAGCAAGUGGGUCGGCGAUGCACUCGGUAAACAAGGCAUUUACGAUGCUCAUAUCGGACUCAAUGGGUAUCCAUUUUUGGAUAGUAAAGAAGAAUUCCAGCAUACAACCCUUGCCGCAGAUGUUAUGCAACCCAAACGAAACGAAGCUCUGCACGUUCUUACCCAAGACUCAAUGACUGUCGAAGACGUUGAAAAUUUGCUGAAAGAAACGGAGCACAACGGUUUUCCGGUUAUUGUCUCGAAAGAGUCACAAUACUUGGUCGGUUUUGUACUGAGAAGAGAUUUGAAUCUUGCUAUUGCAAAUGCAAAAAGAAUGAUGGAAGGUAUUACCAGGCAGUCACCAGUGAUUUUUACCAGCGGUAAUAACCUCCAGGUUCAUUCACCAGCUCCCCUGAAACUCAAGAAAAUUCUUGAUAUGGCACCGAUAACGAUCACCGAUCAAACUCCGAUGGAGACCGUAGUUGAUAUGUUUAGAAAAUUAGGUCUCCGACAAACCCUUAUUACACACAAUGGGCGACUUUUGGGUGUAAUUACGAAGAAAGAUGUGCUGAGGCACGUGAAACAACUGGAUAACGAAGAUCCGAAUUCCGUGUUAUUCAAUUGAAGGAAAGUGUUGACGUGUCAUCAUUUUUUUUCACCAAGGUCCAUCCAAGGAGGAAGAGUUAUGGAAUGAAGUUUAGGUGCGACAACAAGUUGUAUGAGGAACAUGUUCAAUUCGCUAAUUGCCCGAUUGUCGCUCAAACUUUGUUGAUAUACUCGUUUUCCUCGUUGUGCUUCUCAUCGAUGCGUUUAUCAAUGAAAGAACAAAUUCGCGUAGUCCUUCUUUUCUCAAUCUCUUUUUCUCGAAGAAAUCUGAGAUAAAAAAUUUCAACAGAUUCAGCUCGUCUUGCGAGCGAAUGAAAAAUGCAAUCGAUUCGUUACACAUUGAAUAGCGCUCGGAUUUGUAAUUAUAAAUUAUAUUUAGCUAUUCCAGUUCCUCUGGAAAAUCACGUCGAACAUCACUUGCGCAAGCGUGUCAACGCUAUAUUUUUUUAUUCAAUGCCGCUGUAUCACCCUACUGGCGAUUGAUAGUAUUUUUUCUUCUUUUAACUGUAUACAUAAUAGUCCACCUAAAAUUUUAUCAGCUGGUAUCAUACUUGAAAGUACGUGUUGAUGGUGAAUAUUUAAUUCAGAACGGUUAUUUGGUUUUCGAGAUGAUGCAAAGAAGGGUAUCUCCAUUUGAGCUCGGACUUGUAUACUGUAGUCGUGUAGAAGCGAAACUCAUUUGUUAAGACGCAGCUCUUGCUUCUUAUCAUACGUUUUCCGUAACUUCAUUUUACAACUUUUGAAAUGAAACAAAUAAGUACGAUGAAAUUUUUCUUCUAUCAAGUACCGUAGUGUUUACCGAAUCUGCUACUCGAAUUGAGGCGAUAUCAACAUUUCCAUCUUUCCUCAAAUUCGACACCAAACAACCUUCGAUUCACGUUUAUUUUUAUUACACAUCCUAUUUAUCCAUUAUUGUCAGUGAGCAAUCUCCACAAUUAAUAUUUUGAAAAAAAAUAUUUCAACAAGAAACACAUGCAUUCCAAUUAUUUUUCGGUGUUUUCGUUUUUCCACUCCAGAGCAAACAAACAGUCCUUCUGACUCAAUUCUGCAGUCCUUUAAUCGCACCUAUCGGUUGGUAUCAAUCCUUUUGUAGUUUGAAUUUAUCCAUCACUAUUGUCAGAGAUACCGAUCUUCCGUUUGCAAUGAAAUACUCUACGCGUGUGUAAUAAUCCAGUAGAGUCGAAUACCAUUUUCUUAAUUUUUUCAUUACGAAGCAAAUAUGUAUGGGAAAGUCGCAUUUAGAAAUUAUUCAAAGAUUAAAAUACAAAGUAACAAUUUCGAAAAUAAAUUUCGACUUCGUUCUCAUGUCGUGCUCCUUUUUGUGUGCGUCCAAUCGUUUUAUUUUUACGUGAUUCGGUCCAAACAGUUUGCGUCUGGAAUCUGGAAUAAAAACAACAUAUAUUACUAUUAAAAUAUUGUAGAAAUUCA